AUGGAUAAAAACAAUCAAAAAAUAUAUUAUGAUCCAAUUUUAUCAUUGCGCGUUAUUCAUCCUAAUGGAAGUGUGACUGAAAUAAAUAAAGAUGGGAUACCUGAUUAUAAUUUUCAUUAUCCUAUUUAUCUUAAAGAAAAUAAUGGAUACAAAUCUGAUGAUAAAUUCAAUCCACUGGACUUUUAUCCACUAUAUGAUAAAUAUAUUCUGGUAGUAUAUUCAACUGCCAGUGAUUGGACUGAUAAUGAGACAUUUGUAGAUCGGGGAAUGAUUAUUGAUUGGAAUGGAAAUAAAAUUAGUGAAAUAGAAUUCGGGAAAUCUUAUAUUGAUCACGAUCCAAAAGGUUCAUUGAUGCCAAAUCAAGCUAUGUUUGCUGUGAAUUCUGAUCGAACCAAAGGGUUUUUGCGCUUUUCUCAAUUAAGAAAAUCGAGUGAUGCUGAGUGGAAACAAUACUCUGUGUAUGUUGCUUUGUUCUUAAAACAA